AUGCAACACGAGGUUAUCGUGGCCAGCACUCAUGAUCAUUCUCUUGUCUUUGACGUAGCUGGUGGACCUUCUCUGCGCAAUUUCAGACCCCUCGUUGCGCUUUCGACGCAGCAACAGCAACAUCAAGAACAGCAUCGUCAAGCCAGCUCAAGCUCGGCAGAAGCCUCAAAGACAGCCAGCUUCGCUGUCACACAGACGGCGACAAUUUGUGCUGCUCGAGAUGGGAACGAGACGACUUUGCUACAAGUCCAAGCCGGCAAGGGACUCAUCGGUGCAUGGUCAUUUCGAAAAGAUCUGGCAACGUACAAAUAUGCUACACCCUUUCGAUUCGUCUCACUUGCGAUCUCGCCGUCUGGACGAUUUCUGGCUGCUGGAGCGGAAGAUGGGCAGCUCUUUCUUUGGGAGACCGCGUCCGGUCGAUUGCUCAGCACGAUAGCUGCACACUUCCGAGCGCUCACAGCGCUCGUCUGGACAGACGACGAGGCUGCGCUCGUCUCAGGGGGCGCGGAUGCUGCUCUCCAUGUAUGGUCACUAGCCAGUCUUGCGAGCCCGCCAGAGGCAUCGGGCGGUAGAUCAAUCGGCGACAGAACGCCCUACUGUUCUCUCAAUGAUCACACGCUGCCAAUUCUCGACCUACACGCAAGUAGCGGACGGUUCCCGCGUUUGCGAAUUUACUCUGCUGCAGCAGACAAUACUAUCAAGGUCUGGGAUCUGAGCUUGCCGCUGGCGCCACUGCUGCACACCCUUGCCGUCGAACGCAGCACAGGUCAGCUGCACAGCAUAGCCAUCGAGCCUUCGGAGCGAUUUUCUUAUGCCGCUUGCCAUGAUGCACCCGUGACGAAGCGACCAGCAGCAGCGGCGUCAGUCGACAAGGCAGAGGGCUCUUCAGUCGUCAGGCUGGCCUUGCAUCCCUCGGACAGUAACAUGACAGGGGAGACGCGAUGGCAAACCAAACAUAAGAUAUCUGCGCUGCGCUUGAGUGACCAUUCGCUGCAUCUCUUCGUCGGCACAGAAGCUGGCACGAUCGAGAUCAUCGCGCUCCCGUCCUUGCAAACGUUGCGCAGUCUUUUCCUCAAUAGCACAGGGUCCAGCACAGCUGCGCCUGUCCUCAGCCUGCAUUCUCUCGUUCGUCCGCUAGAUCUGCAGACGAUGGGCAGAGCCGACGGCGCCGCUGGCAAACUACUUACGUGCGGCUUGUCGCCGACUUUGCAAACGGUGCUAGCGCUCCCCCAGCCUCGCGCCGCUCACGGCCAGAGAUUGCCAGUCGAAUGUGUACCCAUGCGAAUGCCGGCGCAAGUCGACGCGUCUGCUCUGAUUGGACUGACCGCGCGGCCGGCGACAAAGUUGGUUCACGCAGCGGCGUCAACAAACGGCACGGUUAUCGGAACGAGCACGCGAGCUUUGCAGACAGAGAACGAGACUCUUCGAAACAUGCUGGCCCGAGCAGAGGCCAUCAAUAUUGCGAUCUGCUGGUGGGUAUCCGAGCUCUGUCUCGAGAUGAGCAGACAGAGUUGCGUCACAUGGUUACAGAUCGUAAGAUAG